ACCCUGCCAGGACCUCCCUGUCCUUGUCCCUCCUGCUGCACCCUCUGUCGCCAACAUCUCCUCCAUAAUGUCACUUUCUGAAGCAGAGGUGCAGAGUGCUCGUGGUGCCUGGGAGAAGAUAUAUGUGGAUGCUGAGGACAAUGGGACAGCUGUGCUGGUCAGGAUGUUCACUGAGCACCCAGACACCAAGUCCUACUUCACACAUUUCAAAGGCAUGGACUCUGCUGAAGAGAUGAAACAGUCAGACCAAGUCAGGGGCCAUGGCAAGAAGGUUUUCAGUGCCAUCAAUGACAUGGUGCAACACCUGGACAACUCUGAGGCUUUUCUUGGGAUAGUGACCCCACUUGGCAAGAAACAUGCCACCCAGCUGAAGAUUGACCCCAAAAACUUCAGGAUUAUCUGUGACAUUAUCUUACAACUGAUGGAGGAGAAAUUUGGUGGAGACUGCAAAGCUUCUUUUGAGAAGGUGACCAAUGAAAUCUGUACCCACCUGAACAAUAUCUACAAAGAGGAGGGUUGGUGAGGACGUGCACCCUCCAGGCUCUUCAAACAACUUGCCAGCACUGAUUUGUUGCUUUUGGACCCCCAGCCACAGCUGGAAAAAUUAAAAUUUAAAAAUAAAAAAAAGCAAGAAAAAAGGCUUAUACAAUAUAGAAUAUCAAUGUCAAUAAUUUCUUUAGCAAACUGUUUCUACAGCUAAACAAAACCCACAGAUACAUCUUAGUCAACCAACAAAUCCUGAUAUGCUUUGCAGUUUCAGUGUUUCAGGUGGAUUUCUCUGGCCACUGUCCUUGAAGACAUUUUAAGAUGGUGACUUUAGGCUUUCUAUUCCUAAAAGUCUUGUUCCUGCCAGCAGCACCAGCAGCUCUUUGGCUCACCUACCACCUCUCUGUCCUCACAUGACAGGAAGGAGACCAUUUUGAAGCAUCUCCAGAAUCUUGGUAGAGGUAAUUAUUUAAGAGGCCUGAGUAUUGUUUUGUGUUUGAACUAAAACAAGGGGGAAGUGGUGUAUGGGAAUGACCAACAUCUGGGAGAGACAAGAGGAAAGUCCCAUCUUGCAUGAGCCAGAAGAGUCACCCAACCUUGGUUUCUCAGAGCAGCUUUCAGCACAAGGGAUGACAACACUGAGUGUGGUCACCACUGGACCCCUCUGGGCAGGGAUGAACUUCUCCAGGAUGUGGAUUUCACCGUGUUACUCCCAGGAAAUUACUUGGGUUGAGUUCCCACCUGAGGCAAGAGCAGAGCUCACUGGCUCUUGUGCACUCAAAAUGGAGACUGCUGCCUUGCUGUGUGGGCAGCACAGGGGCCUCAGCCUGGCAUGGGACACUUUCUGUCCAGUCACACAGCCUGGGCCUCCCUCCCUUCAGUGCUAACUGGGUCCUGAACUAUUUAAUUGCUUUUCUU